GUUUGGGGCAUGCAUAACGAGAAACCUCCAAACAGCUAGGCAUGCAGAUGAAAAGUAAAAUCGAAUUAAGUUGGUGCAGAAUAGAGGGAAAGGGAAGAGGAAAUUGAAUUAAAUGUGGCUUCCAAGUACAAGAACAUCAGUGAUAAAAAAGGGAGGAGGAGGAGGAAAUGGAUUGGUGGGAGUUGCUAUAGAAAAGGACAACAAAGGGAGCCGUCACGCUCUCAAAUGGGCUGCUGAUACUCUUCUUUCCAAAGGCCAAACGCUUGUUCUAAUCCACGUCUUGCACACCACCUCCCCAUCUCUUUCUAGAGGCAGCCAGGCCAUCGUGUGCAACACCAAUUUCCCACCUGCAUCUCCCCAGAGAGACCAACUUGUCAAUACUACAAAGGAUCUAUUCCGCACUUUCCAUUGCUAUUGUUCGCGCAAAGAUAUAAAAUGCCUUGAUGUCCUUCUUGAAGAUAUGGAUGUGGUCAAGGGAAUAACAGAAUAUGUCUCUUAUGCUGCAAUUGACAAUUUGGUGCUCGGUGCAGCGUCCAGGCAUGGCUUUAUUAGAUUCAAGUCAAGUAUACCAAGCCACAUAUUAAAGGCGGCACCAGAUUUCUGCACUGUGUAUGUCAUUUCUAAGGGGAGAAUCUCUUCGGUUCGGAGUGCUACUCGAACAGCCCCACAUGCAUCCCCACUGCUCAGGCAUAUAGAGAUUCUAAAUGAAGAAAAUGCAAAUGAAUCUCCCGUAUCCUCUAGAUCUAUGAGCUUCAAAGACAAGAGGACAUCAAUGAAACCUUCGAGCUGGCAGGGUGGAUCCAUGAACAAGUCACAAUUUGGCAGAAGAAUAGGGCUGAGUGGAAGAUCAGGCAUGGACUUCACAGAAUCUGACUCUGACAUAUCAUUUGUAAGCUCCGGGAGGCCCAGCAGUGUGCGUUCAUCCUCUGUUUUCUAUGACUAUGUUGAUUCCCGAACUUCAACCAGUUCAGAUCGUAGCUUGGGAUCAACCCGUAUGAGACUCAAGUACGUUGACCCCAGUUCACCAGAAAUUUCAUUUUCAGAGGAAAGUAGCCGAACAUCGUUUUCUUCUGCAGGCUUGCAGAACUCUGAUGAUGUAGAAGCUGAUAUGAGGAGGUUGAAGCUGGAGUUAAAGCAAACAAUGGAAAUGUACAGUACUGCAUGCAGAGAAGCACUAACAGCACAACAGAAGUUAGUGGAACUGCACAACUGGAGACUUGAGGAAGAAAAGAAAUUAGACGAGGCACGAUUGGCCCAGGAAGCAGCAGAGGCAAUUGCAGAGAAAGAGAAAGCAAGAAGUAAAGCAGCGAAGGACACAGCUGAAGCCGCUAAGCAAAUUGCAAGGGUGGAGUCAAAUAGAAGAGCAAGUGUUGAACUGAAAGCUCUUAAAGAAGCAGAGGACAUGAGGAAGUUAUUGGAUGAUCUGACCCAUAUUGACAAAAGAUAUAGGAAAUACACAAUUGAGGAGAUUGAAACAGCUACCAACUCGUUUUCCGAAUCUCAGAAAAUAGGAGAAGGAGGGUACGGCCCUGUGUAUAAGUGUAACCUUGAUCACACUCAAGUGGCUGUGAAGGUUCUGCGUCCAGAUUCUGCUCAAGGGAAGUCACAAUUUCAGCAAGAGGUGAACAUACUGGGGUGCAUACGACAUCCAAACAUGGUGCUUCUUCUAGGAGCUUGUCCAGAGCAUGGCGUACUGAUUUAUGAAUAUAUGGCUAAUGGAAGCUUAGAAGAUUGUCUAUUUGGGAAGAAGGAAGCUCCAAAUCCAAUGAUGUGUUGGCAGGUGAGGUUUAGAAUAGCUGCAGAGAUAGCAACAGGAUUACUGUUCCUCCAUCAGACAAAGCCAGAACCCUUGGUGCACCGUGACUUGAAACCGGGAAACAUUCUACUAGAUCACAACUAUGUAAGCAAGAUCAGCGACGUGGGAUUGGCGAGGCUUCUACCAGCUGUUGCUGAGAACGUGACACAGUGCCACAUGACUUCGGCAGCGGGGACAUUUUGCUACAUUGAUCCUGAGUAUCAACAAACAGGAAUGCUUGGAGUGAAGUCUGACGUGUAUUCUCUAGGAAUCAUUCUUCUUCAGUUAUUGACGGGUAGGACUGCAAUGGGGUUGGCUCAUAAGGUUGAAGAGUCCAUUGAGAAUGCCACAUUUUCAGAAAUGCUUGACCCUUGUGUCCCGGACUGGCCUCCCGUGCAAGCCUUGUGCCUUGCAAACAUCGCUCUCCAAUGUGCACAACUCAGACGAAAGGAUCGCCCAGACCUUGCCACAGUAGUGUUGCCUCAGCUCCAACUUUUCAGAGACUUUGCCCAAGACAGCACCACUUCCAUGCAACAGGAAGUGUUGAGUGAACCCAGGUCUGAACAUUCCUCAACCCCAUCAACGCCAACAGAACCAAAAGAAGGGGCGGAUGAAAUUUGAUUCCCCUGGAGUGUACGACAACUGCAUUUGAUCCAGCAGCUCUCAUUCACCAAUCAACAUGGUCUUACUGCGGAUACACACCAUAUUAUGAUGGACAUGUAAAUGCUUCAUCUUAAAAAAGUUUAAUCCCUGUGUCAAAUUAAAACAAAUGAUUAUAGAUAACUUUGUAAAUAACGCCACUCUCUGUUCUCUAUUCGCUGCCUACAAUUUUCAUGUCACUUUUUUUUAGAGUAUUCAUGUUAGAAAUUUUACAAACUUAAAUAUUAGUCCUGAAAAACUGUUUCAUAU